AUGUCUUCUGUUUUAGGGGAGGUGAUCCACCCGGACCAAACCUGUGCCGUGCCCGGAAAGAAGAUCACGGACAGCCUGAUACUGAUCCGAGAUGCCAUCUGUUAUGUCUUGAGAAGGGACCAAGGGAUCAGUGGGGUGGGUAUCCCAGGGAGUGUGGGGAUGACCGCCAAGUGCGUCUUUUACAUGGAUGACAUCAACAUUUUAUGUACCGACCUUUUAUCCGUCGACAGGACUCUGGACAGAACUGACUGGUACGGACGAGCCUCUGGGGCGAGACUGAACAGAGACAAGACAGAGGCCCAAUUUUUCGGACCGUGGGCAGACCCAGACUUGACCAGACUACCUCUGACAGUUAAACUGACGGACAUAAGGGAAUAUUUUAGACCUGGAGUGGAUGCUUUUUUACUUCCUGUGGGGAGGCAAGUGGGAGAGGCUGAGGAGGGAGGUGGUCAAGAGGCCCAGGUCCAAGGGGGGGGGAAAGGCUUGCCUGACCUCUACUUGUUCCUGGGCAGCCGCUACACAGCGUUACAUCUGACUCUUGCCACCUCCCCGGUCAACAACAAGUCUCAGGCCCUCGCACGGUUCUGGCUGGGAUCUUACCUCAGGACUCUGAGGCUGAUCCCAGUCGACCUGCGAGCCCCAGUCUCUUUCCUGCUACUCCCGCACUACGUCCAGCUCCAGAAGUUUUUAAGACAUUUUAAACUGGAAAAAGAAACAGUCACGGUCUUAACAAAACACCGCUCUCUUCUCUCUCUUGUGCAGGAUCGGGAACCAGUGUGUCCAGUGCGCGGGCUCGCUAUAGGUGAGCCCACAACGGUUUGGCGCAACGUGGCCCAUCCUGCUCUCCUGAAUCGGCAUCGGGACCUGUCCUGGAUGGUCGCCCACGAGAUCCUCCCGGUCAGGGCCGUUAUGCACUCACGGGGCAUGGUGAGGACAUCCACGUGCCCCCGACCAGGCUGCGGCCAAGAAGAGUCGGUGAGGCACAUGCUCUGGGAGUGCAGAGCCGCCAGGGACCUGUGGAAGGAAGCAGGCCCCCUGAUCACCUCGUGUCUGCCAGCAGGGGAGGACCUAACACCUCAGCUCGUGCUGUAUGGGGUGGGCCAAAGGCCCAUUCCAUCGAAGGCCUUCACCAAGCUCUGGCCCACCCUCACGUGCCUGAAGGAAGCACUGUGGUCCUCCCGUAACCUGCUGGUAGCGAAAAACGUAGAGACCACCCCCCAGGCAGUGGCCAUGGUAGCCACGGAAGCCCUGGGGUGGUACGGAAGGAAGGGGGCCUCGACCCCAGGCGAAGGGUCCCCCACAACACCCUAGGUCCCGGCGGCCACGGCCUGACAGCGCUGCGGCACCUAGGGCAAUGCGCCUAGGGGAGUGAUCUCCUCUGGGCCCCGAAGGACGGGACGAUGAUCUAUUCAGAAGAGCAGGAUGAGGUGAGCUUGAAAAAGACUCACCCCGCUCCUGUACAAGGGACCAAAGACAGCCUUUUAACAAAGUGACUUUUUAACAUGUUUUUCAUGUCUUAAAAAUGUUUUACCUUUGUUAGAUCAUUAGUACACAUUUUAAAUGGCUUUUACAGAUUUGAUGUUUUUACAAGGAAAGUACUUUUAUUCAUGGUUGUUUUCAUUGGUUUUAACAACAUGUACUUUUUAGCAAAUUUAAAUGUAACUUUCAAAUGCUGUG